AUGGUUGCUCAAUCUUGGAAGGCGUUGCUGCCAAUUGCCCUUCUUGCGCGCUCGGCUGUGGCGGUAGAGGCUUGUGGGGAUGAGCGAUAUGAUGUUAUUGUUGUUGGCUCAGGACCAGCAGGUCUCGUAGUAGCAGACCGCAUGAGCGAAGCCGGCAAGAAGACACUCCUCCUCGAACAAGGCGGCCCCUCCUACUACAUCACCGGCGGCCGCGAACGACCAGGCUGGCUGAACGGCACAGAGCUCAGCCGCGUUGACGUCCCCGGCCUGUACAAGUCCAUCUUCUCGGACGCAUCGAACCUAACCUGCACCUCGGACGUCGUCAACGCCUUCCAAGGAUGCACAAUCGGCGGCAACACAGCCAUCAACGCAGGACUCUUCUUCCAACCCCCAGCCUCAGACUGGGACCUCUACUUCCCCCCCGGCUGGAAGAACGCCGACAUGCAAAGCGCCAUCGCCAAAGUCCACGCCAAGCAGCCCUUCACCGACAAUCCCUCCGCAGACGGGAAACGCUACCUGCAAAGCGGCUUCGAAGCCGCAAAGCAAUGGCUCGUCUCCGGCGCCGGGUACGCGGAAAUCGGCCUCAACGACAACCCCACCAACAUCUCGCGCGCAAAAGUCUUCGGCCACCCAGUCUACAACUACGCUGAUGGCCAGCGCAACGGCCCCGUGAAAACAUACCUCCAAUCCGCGCUCACACGGCCAAACUUCUCCUUCCGCACCGGCACAAAGGUUAUCCGCGUCCUGCGCGACGACGACAUGGCCACAGGCGUCGAAAUCUCUAACUCAACAACAAGCAACACCACCUUCGCCCUCUGCACCAACCCCGGCGGCCGCGUAAUCCUCUCCGCCGGCGCCCUCCUCAGCCCCCAACUGCUAAUGUGGUCCGGCAUCGGCUCCCCCUCGGCGCUAGCCAACCUAUCCAGCACAGGCAUCCUCCCCCUCCCCCCCCAAUCCUGGAUAAACAACACCGCCGUCGGCGACAAAGUCUUCGACAACCCAAAUACCUUCAUCGAGCUGUCCUCCCCCGCAGUCACGUCGUACACAUACUCCUACGCGGCCCCCGCCCCCGCAGACGCCGCCCUGUAUCUGCAAUCCCGCUCAGGUCCCUACGCCUUCGGCUCGCAAACAAGCGCCUUCUGGGACAUGAUUCCCCAGGGCAACGAGACGGUGGGGUGUCAGGGGACUAUCGACUCUGCGGGGUUUGGCGAGUAUCUGUCUAAUAACACCAUAACGCUGAACGUCUACGGCACCUCCGGCCUCCGCUCAUUCGGGCGUGUCAAUCUAAAUGAACGCGGUAUCGCAACCCCCUCGUCAGGCUUUUUUUAUACCGACCCCCGCGACGCUGAGGCGGUGGGUACGUUUAUCCACAACAUCUUCGCCGCCCUGCCGCCGGGGCUCACGCCCCUGAAUAUCGCGCGGAAUUCCAGCGUUGAGCAGCUCACGGAUUGGGUGCGGAGUGAAAGUGCGUAUACGAUGGGGAAUGUGCAGCAUUGGAGUAGUAGUUGUCGGAUGGGGACGUGUGUUGAUAGCGAUGCGAGGGUGGUGGGGAUGCGGAAUUUGUUUGUUGUGGAUGCGAGUGUGAGUGCGCCGUUGAGUACGAAUCCGGUGAUGGGGACGAUGAUUAUUGCUGAGCGGGCGGUGGAGAGGAUUUUGGGUUUGGCUGCUUAG